AUGCAGCUCGCGUGCUGGCUAAUAGUGUCCCUGUUACUAGUCCUGCAGUCCGGGGUGGAAUCCAGAGUUCGUGGCAGGCAGUACGAUGAGGAGAAAGACACCAUUGUCGAACUGCCCAAUUUGGGCAGCAUCCAGGGAAAAAUUCUCGAAACCGCCUGGACAAAACGCGAAGUGCUGCAGUUUGUCGAUGUUAGAUACGCAGAGCCUCCAACGGGACUGCAUCGGUUUAAGGCACCCAGACCGAUUGAGCCGUGGGAGGAUGUGAUGGAUGCCACAGCGGAGAAGAUUGGUUGCCCGUCGGUGGUUUCGAUGGACUCGCUCCGGAAACUGGAUGACGUGCUGGACGUUGAGGACUGUCUGACCAUGACCAUCACCACUCCGAAUGUGACCGCAAGGCUGCCGGUUCUGGUUUACAUCCACGGCGAGUACUUGUACGAGGGCAGCAACUCGGAGGCUCCUCCAGACUAUCUGCUCGAGAAGGACGUGGUUUUAGUUACGCCGCAGUACCGCCUCGGUCCCUUUGGCUUCCUGUCCACGAAGACGGACGAGAUUCCCGGCAAUGCCGGCUUCCUGGACAUUUUCUUGGCCCUGCAGUUCAUAAAGCACUUCAUCAAAUACUUCGGCGGUGAUCCCUCGCGGGUCACGGUGGCCGGCCAGGUGGGUGGAGCGGCCAUUGCCCACUUGCUCACUCUGUCGCCCAUGGUCCAGCGCGGCUUGUUCAGCCAGGUGAUCUACCACUCGGGAUCGGCCAUCAUGCCCAUCUUCCUGGAGGAAAAUCCCCGCAAGCAUGCCCAGGAGAUCGCCAAGAAGGCGGACUGUCAAAUGGUGACUGUGAGAGAUUUGAACACCUGUCUCAUGGAGCUCACGGCCCUCGAAUUGCUCACUGCCUUCAUGGAGCAUGCGCUGGAGAAAUCUGACCUCGGAAUUGGACAUACCGGUGGCAUCCAGUUCACCAUUGGCGGACCCAGUGGAGUGCUCCCCAAACAUCCGUACGACCUUAUGCUGGAGUCCAACUUCUCGUAUCCGGCAAUGGGCGGCUGUCCAAAGAAUGCCGGAACUCGGGUGCUCAACGAGAUCGUUGACAAUGACUUCGAGGGAAAGAUUCCGGAUGACGAGUACUCUCCGUACAACUACAUCGAUCACGUGAUCCGCCAGGUGGUGGGCACGGACAGAACCAUGCUCCUCACCAGCUUUAUAACCCACGAUUUCUUCGAUCGCCACCUGCUGGAAAACGGUACCUUCGACACACUGAUCCCCAGGCUCAUUGAUGUGGCUGGCACGCUGAACCACAAGCUGCCGGUUGUGCUGGCCCUGAACAUGAACAACAAACACAAUCCGCACAACACGUUCCUCUACUCGUUUGACUACGCGGGCGAGUUCAAUCGCUACAAGGAAAUGGACGAGGAGACCAACAUGCAGAGCCCCUUUAAGGCGGGCGUUUCGCUGACCGACGAGGCCCUCUACCUGUUCCCCUACCCCGAUCACGUACAGCGUCUUAGUCCGCCGGACAUGACGAUGGCCCACCGGAUGGUGGAGCUUUGGACCAACUUCGUGAUCAGCGGCAAUCCGUUUGGAUCGUACCGCACCGGCUACUGGCCGCCGAUGACCACGCUAUUUGGACCGUAUUUGAAGAUCGACGAGACGCUGACUAUCGGUGGUGACUUCUUCAGCGAGUUCUCGGCCACACUGCACGACGAGGAGCAGGGUCAUAGUCUGAUCCGGGAGAUCUACUACCUGCGGAGCCGUAGCCGGAAGCGGGCACAGAAUAAACGCCGGAAGCAGCUGGCUGCCUCCAACGCCAGCAGGGCAAAGAAGCUCGCCGGACGCAAGAGCCUGGUGAAGCGUCCAAACCGCAAUAAGAUACGUUUUUGA